ACCGCGACCCCCCGCCCAGAGCUGCGGGGGGGGCUGGGGGCGCGGCCCCUGCAGUCGGCCCGGUCCCUGCCCGGGACCCCCCACUGCCUGAAGCACUUCCCGGUGGAUCUGAGAACCUCCAUGGAUGGCAAGUACAAGGAGAUUGCUGAGGAGCUGUUCUGCCGCUCGCUGGCAGAGAACGAGAUGCGAACGGCCCCGUACGAGUUCCCCGAGGAGAGCCCGAUCGAGCAGCUGGAGGAGCGGCGGCAGCGCCUGGAGCGCCAGAUCAGCCAGGACGUCAAACUUGAGCCCGACAUUUUGCUCAGAGCCAAACAGGACUUCCUGAAAAUUGACAGUGCCGCUGACUUACAGCUGUUCAAGGAGCAGGGCUCUGACCUGGUGGAUCACACCCCCAAGGAGCGGGAGGCGCUGCUGGAGCGGGAAUUCCAGCGGGUCACCAUCUCCGGGGAGGAGAAGUGCGGGGUGCCCUUCACGGACCUGCUGGGCGCCAAGAGCGUGGUGAAGGCGCUGUUCGUGCGCCAGAAGUACAUGGGGCUGUCCCUGCAGAGCUUCUGCAAGACCACGGCCCGCUACCUGCACGAGCUCUCCGGGAAACCCCCCGAGAGCCGCCCCCAGGACGAGGUGCCCGACACCCCCGUGGCUGCAGAUGCCCCCGUGCACCCCCCCUUUGCUGAGCAACACCCCUACGAGACGUGGGACCCCCAGAAGAUGCCGGAGGACCUGGGCUACGGGCUCAGGAUGGUGGAUGGGGUCGUGCACGUCUACACCAGCCAGGACCCCACUGACAAGAGCACGGAGCUGGACCUGCCCUACCCCGACCUGCAGGAGUUCAUCGCAGACAUGAACUUCCUGAUGGCCCUGAUCAUCAACGGGCCCAUCAAAUCCUUCUGCUACCGGCGGCUGCAGUACCUGAGCAGCAAGUUCCAGAUGCACGUGCUGCUCAACGAGAUGAAGGAGCUGGCGGCGCAGAAGAAGGUCCCGCACCGCGACUUCUACAACAUCCGCAAGGUGGACACCCACAUCCACGCCUCGUCCUGCAUGAACCAGAAGCACCUGCUGCGCUUCAUCAAGAGGGCCAUGAAGAAGCACCUGGACGAGAUCGUGCACGUGGAGAAGGGCAAGGAGCAGACGCUCAAGGAGGUGUUUGAGACCAUGAACCUCACGGCCUACGACCUCAGCGUGGACACCCUGGACGUCCACGCGGACCGCAACACCUUCCACCGCUUCGACAAGUUCAACGCCAAGUACAACCCCAUCGGGGAGUCCAUCCUGCGCGAGAUCUUCAUCAAGACCGACAACCGCGUGGACGGGAAGUACUUCGCCCACAUCAUCAAGGAGGUGAUGGCGGACCUGGAGGAGAGCAAGUACCAGAACGCGGAGCUGCGCCUGUCCAUCUACGGGCGCUCGCGGGACGAGUGGGCCAAGCUGGCGCGCUGGGCGGUGCAGCACCGCGUGCACUCCAACAACGUGCGCUGGCUCGUGCAGGUGCCGCGCCUCUUUGACGUGUACCGGACCAAGGGGCAGCUGGCCAACUUCCAGGAGAUGCUGGAGAACAUCUUCCUGCCCCUCUACGAGGCCACCGUGCACCCAGCCCAGCACCCCGAGCUGCACCUCUUCCUGGAGCACGUGGAUGGCUUUGACAGCGUGGAUGACGAGUCCAAGCCAGAGCAUCACAUCUUCAACCUGGACAGCCCCCUGCCCGGGAACUGGGUGGAGGAGGACAACCCACCCUACUCCUACUACCUGUACUACAUGUACGCCAACAUGACCGUGCUCAACCACCUGCGCAGGAAGAGGGGCUUCCACACGUUCGUGCUGCGGCCGCACUGCGGCGAGGCCGGGCCCAUCCACCACCUGGUGUCGGGGUUCAUGGUGUCCGAGAACAUCUCCCACGGGCUCCUGCUGCGCAAGGCCCCCGUGCUGCAGUACCUGUACUACCUGGCCCAGAUUGGCAUCGCCAUGUCCCCCCUGAGCAACAACAGCCUGUUCCUGAGCUACCACCGCAACCCCCUGCCCGAGUACCUGUCCCGGGGGCUCAUGGUGUCCCUGUCCACCGACGACCCCCUGCAGUUCCACUUCACCAAGGAGCCCCUGAUGGAGGAGUACAGCAUCGCCACCCAGGUGUGGAAGCUCAGCUCCUGUGACAUGUGCGAGCUGGCCCGGAACAGCGUCCUCAUGAGCGGCUUCUCCCACAAGGUGAAGAGCUACUGGCUGGGCCCCAACUACCAGCGGGAGGGCCCGGAGGGGAACGACAUCCGCCGCACCAACGUCCCCGACAUCCGCGUGGGAUAUCGCUUCGAGACGCUGUGCCAGGAGCUCACCCUGCUCACCCAGGCACUGCAGGGGGCCGAGCUGGAGCCCAUCCAGGAGGAGGGGGGCAUCACCAUCUCCCUGGGCGCACACUGAGACCCCCCAGAGAACCCACCCCCCCAGGACCCCACGGGAUCGCCCGACAUCGCCGACGCCCCCCGGGCUCUGCCGCCGUCCCCCCGACCUGCAGGCGCUGCAGGGGGCAGGGCUGGAGCCCACCCAGGGGGAGGGGGCGUCACCACCGCCCUGGGCACACACUGAGACCCCCAGGGACCCCCCCAGGACACCCCGACAUAACUGAUGCCUCCAGGGCUCCGCCAGCAUCCCCCCACCCACAGGGGCUGAGCUGGAGCCCACCCAGGGGGAGGGGGCGUCACCACCACCCUGGGCACACACAGAGACCCCCAGAGACCCCCAUGAACCAACCCCAGUCCCUCACUGAGACCCCCAGUGCCCCCAGGGCUCCGCUGCCAUCCCCCCACCUGCUCCCACUGCUGUCCCGGUGCCACCGAGGGGGACACGGUUUGUUGGGUCCUCGUCAUUUCUGCCUGGUUUGGGUCAUUUUUUGGGUCUUGUUUUGUCAUUUUUUGGGGUCUUUUUCGGGUCUUUUUCUGUGUUGUUUUUUUACCUGGUGUUUCUUUGCUGGCUUGGGCCCUGCCAGGUUUGGUGGCACCAGGAGGUGACACAGGGACAGAGUUUGUUGAGUCUCCUCCAUUUCGUCUGCUUUUGGUCAUUUUGGGGGUCUUUUUUUGGCCUUAUUCUGGUUUUUAACUGGUGUUUCCUCACUGGUUUGGCUUGGGCCCUGCCAGGUUUGGUGGCACCAGGGGGACACAGUUUGUUGGGUCCUCUUCGUUUUAUCUCUUUUUGGUCUUGUUUUGAUCAUUUUUUUGCCUUUUCCCGCCUUUUUUAACCAGUGUCUCCUCGCUGGGUUGGGCUUUGGUGGCACCAGCAGGUGGCACAGGGGGGGUCCUGCCUUCACCCCCCGUGUUGGGGACACCGUGACAAGUCGGGGGUCCCUGCUGGGGGUGUGGGGGUCCCAGCCCCUCCCCCCAGCUCCUGAUGCUGCUUGAACCCCCCCCACCCUCUCUCUGUCCACUCUCCCCCCAGGGGACAUGGGGACAAGCCCAGGGGGCUCCUUGAGGACCUCAACCCGGGGUCUCUGCCCCUUGGCACGGCACGGGGGGACACGGGGUGGUGCUGAGGGCAGAUCCCUCCUCACCCCCACCGGGCUGAAGGGAAAGGGCACACAAUGUCCUGUCCCUGGGCCCCCUUUUCCCAGGAUUUAUGGCCCGGAUGAGGCUUCUGCCAUCCCUGGGGGGGAGAAGGGCAUCACCCCCCCAUCCCUGCGCCCCCAAGUCCGACCCUGCCCCCCCCCGCCCGCCGGAGCCGCUCCCGGGAAAACCAGGAAAACAAACAAAAACGGUUAAUCCCAAACAACCCAACCCCGCCCCAGCAUGGAAAAUAAACUCUUUCAGUAAAA